CAUCCACUCCACUUCCUUUUCAAGAGUACAAAACUGAACAUUCCAGUUAAGUUAAAACCCCUUAAUCACAUGCAAAAUCAUUGGUGUCCAAAUUUCAGCAGUUAUUAGUUACACAAUUAGUGGAAUUGCCUUAAGCACUCCACUAUUAGGUAUUUAUCACCCACUCCUCCACCCUUUCAUUCUCUAUAUGCACCGUUUUACUUUGAAUAUUGGCUUUGUUUUUUUGAGAGAGUUAUGGACAACAAAAAAAUGAAUCCUAGGAGAGAUGUUGAAAGUGGCAGGACAAAAAACAAUUGUUCCUAUGUUUAUGUUGCUGAGACUCAUAGAGAGUCAUGCUCAUGGCUUGUACCUGCUUUUGUGUUUGUUAAUAUUGUUGUUUUCAUUGUGGUCAUGGGCAUCAACAAUUGUCCUAACACCACUUUUGGUUUUCAUAAACAUCAUCAUCAUUGUGUUGCUAGGUUUCUUCACAGGUUCUCUUUUCAGCCUUUUAGGGAGAAUCCAUUGCUUGGUCCUUCUUCCUUAACAUUAAUCAAGAUGGGAGCUCUUAGAUGGGUUAAUGUUGUGCACCAGCAUCAGGAAUGGAGACUUUUCACUUGCAUUUGGUUACAUGCUGGAAUUAUUCACUUGCUAUCAAACAUGUUAUGCCUGGUCUUGAUCGGCAUUCGCCUCGAGCAACAAUUCGGGUUUGUGAAGAUUGGAUUGAUAUACCUAUUGUCUGGAUUUGGAGGGAGUGUAUUUUCUUCAAUUUUUAUCAGAAAUAGCAUUUCUGUUGGGGCUUCCAGUGCUCUUUUUGGACUCCUUGGAGCAAUGAUAUCAGAACUUCUUACAAAUUGGACUAUAUACUCCAACAAAGUGAUGGCAUUGCUCACCCUUCUUGUUAUGAUUGCCAUCAACCUCACUAUUGGCCUUUUGCCGCGCGUUGAUAACCUUGCUCACAUUGGAGGACUUGUGGUAGGUUUUUUACUUGGUUUCAUUUUGCUACCGCGUCCUCAAUAUGAUGGUGUUCUCCGGAAAUCAAAAUACAAUGCUUACCAAUUUGUUCUAGGGAUUGUGUCUCUAGUUCUCUUGACUGCUGGGUUAUCAUUUGGAUUAGUGAUGCUGUUCAGGGGUGAGAAUGGAUAUGAUCACUGCCAUUGGUGUCACUACCUAACAUGUGUGCCAAGUUCCAGAUGGGAAUGCAACAGUAACACUUAAAACUGAGAGGGCUUAUGGUUUUAACCUGAAAUUUCUUUCUUCUAUGUAUAGCCAUAGCUCUUAGAAAUCGAAAUUUGAAGUCUUUUUUCGUUUGUUACUUUGGUCUGUCUUUGUGGUUUUAUAUCUACUUAGAACAGUCAUACUAUAUAUCACGAUCCAUUUGAUUUUUGUCCA